AUACUCCAUUUGAGCAGGAUGAGCAGGGCAGGUAUGCUUCUUCGAGCUAAUCCGCAGCUCUUCAGCUUCACAAAAAGCGCUUUUCCGAAAGCAUUGCAACCGAACACGCGAUUUUACGUGGCCAAGUAUAGUCUCCAGCCUCCGGAUGUUACGGAUUUGGCUCAGAAAGCUCGGAUUUCUCUCACUCCCAACCAAGUCGAAGAAUUCGCUCCCAAAAUUCGGCAAGUGGUGGAUUGGUUUGGGCUGCUUCAGGCCGUAGACCUUCAGAGCAUCGAACCAGCCCUAAGAGCAGACACUGAAGAUGACAAUCUGCGCGAUGACAUGCCUCGAGUAUUUGAUAAUAGGGAUGCUAUAGUAGCUGCAGUGCCAAACUACGAAGAUUCAUACAUCAAAGUUCCACAGGUCUUAAAUAAGGAGUAAUAUAUCAGGUUUUGAGUAUGUGACUCUUCUCUCCUGUUCAUCAUUUAUGCCUGACAUUUUGCCUUGGCACAAUUUCAUCCUUUAAUUCAAGUUCGGUUAAUAAAGUUUGAUAAAUCGAUUUCUUUAGAGCACGUUUGCAAACACUGGCUAAUAAUAGAAGUAUAUAUGCUUUACCAGAGUAAA